GAAACCUCCCUCAACCUGCCUGAAGCCUGGAGAGGGAAUCCCACAAACACAAAGUUCAUUAAAAAACUGCAAAAACAGGAACUCUACGGUCACCAGUUCCUCACCUCUUAUAUCAUGGGUCGUUUAGUUGGAUUGGGGUUGUUUAUUCUCCUGAUAGCAGCUGUAAACACAGAAGCUCAAAAGAAACCAUCUAUAAAUAUCAACUCAAAAUGCCUGGGCAACAUCAUGCGUGUGGAUGUCGGUCCACUUGGAGGAAAUCUUCUUGAAGUGUCUGCUGUCAUCAAUAACUCUGCGAUCCUCCUCACACCAAGUUUAGCUUCUCAGUGUGGCUUCAGUUUGAAGAUGGACCAGCUGGGCAACGCCGUGAUUUAUUCCUCACUUCAAAACUGUUUUGCUCAAAAUGUGGGCGAUGAAUCAUUCACAACUACAUUAAAUAUCCGUCUACACGGGAACCGGAUGGUUGAAGACGAGCUGUACCAGGUGGCUGAAACCUGCCGCCACACUGCCUGGGCCUCCAGGGAGAUUAUCUGUGAUCGCAACUACAUGGAGGUGUCUGUGAGGAAAGCAGCUCCAGAUGAUUACGUCCUUCCUCAACAUCCCAUCUCAGAGCAAAUUAAGUUUGGUGAUCCUCGCCGAGCUGCCGAGAAACAGCCGAUAGACGCAGGACUCACAAUCACAAGACUGGUGUUCUUCACUCCGGAGGAGAGGAUGAUGAAGGUGACGGAGGCCCAGAGGAGUGGUUACGGGAUCACAAACACUCCCACGAGGCUGGUUCUGAGAAGCCCGAAGACUUCACCUGAAACGUACACCCAGAAUGUAGCAGGCGUUCCCAUGACGGUGCUCAAAACCUCGACAAUAUUUGAAAAGAAGUGGCUGACGACUCACAUCGAUGCAGGAGCUGCGUGCCCAAUACUGGAGGGAAGUGUUUCCUUCACGCCAGACUUGAUCAGCUGGUUCCUGCCGAGGCACGUCGACCCUCUGAUUUCCUCCCAACAGUUCAAACUGUUGGAGGUUCACGUGGGCGUCGACGGCGAGAGGCUGGACGCCGCGGAGAUGGCUGCCAGACGAUACUCCCUGUCUGUCACCGACUUACACGUCGUCGUUGAAAUUCCUGUUGGGGCCGUCGGAGGUCACUUUAAGAGUCAUGUUGAGGACGGUCAGUACCUCACUACGUAUACGAUAGAGCCGAUGCUCGAGUUGCUCUGGACUGAAGAUGCCACUCACGAGGACACGAGAUACAAAGUCCUCCUCCCCGUCACGACGCCGUUACUCUCUCAACCUCCUCAACUUAUCGACAACUCUGUUCUCGAGGAGCAGAUAUUUAAGGUGCUGCUCGGGCCCUUCGGCUCUGACGUGGCUCUAAUGAACAUCACCUUCCCCUCGGAGGUUUUGUCCGUGGCGGACUGCCACGUCAGAGGCUUUAACGUCCUGGAGCACGCGUCCCCAGACAGCAGCUCGAAGGUCUUCACACUUGAAGUGCCCUUCACGGACCGUGUUGUACUGCAAAUGAAAGAAACGGGGAUUACAGUCUACUCUCUUCAUCUGACCUUUGGUUUGCUGGUGCUGCCAGAGUUCGCUCCAUUUUCUCACACUGCUCAUCUGGAGGCUAGAAUAGUAGACAUUGUUCCUCCCUCCGUCUCUGGUGGCUGCGAUCAUCAGAACUACUAUAUCCUGGUGAAAUACGGGACCCCCGGCUUCAGCUUUCAGACUGUAGUGGGACAACGAACGUUGACCUCAAGUCUGGCUCAGCAGUACGGCUUCAAGGACAACGGGACACACUUCAGUUUUACAGUCCCGUUUAAUGCCCCUGAUGUUGUGAUCGCGGCUGUUGAGUCGUCGUCCAUCAGGAGCCGACUCGAUGUGGCUCUGAGGAAUCCGGAGACCAACAAAAAUAUCAAAGAAUUCUCCGUGACCUGCAAAUUCUUCUCAAAACUGACCGAGUGUUUCUCUAAUGGAACCAUUACGGCUCUGGCUAUGAAGCUGGAGUCGGUUCCCGGUCUGAACACCAGUCAGCUCACCCUCAGAGACCCCAGCUGUGGUCCGUCCUACAGCAACGACCGCUACGCUUAUUUCGUUUUCACUGGGAGCUCCUGUGGGACGACCAGAAAGUUUUUGCCGAACAUGAUGCUGUAUGAAAAUGAAAUCUCUCUGCCAGAUGAACUUGUGUUGAAAAGGGAAUCAAAGACGGACGAUCCGGAGUAUGAGCUAAAGGUUUGUUGUUAUUUUGACAUCAACACAAACCGCACUGUGGCCUUCAACACCAGACCUCGCCGGAGUGAACCGUACGCUGAGAAUGCACGAGGCGAGCUGCAAGUAGAAAUGAGACUUGCUUUGGACGACUCCUACAGCGCCUUUCACAGAGUUGAGGAUUAUCCCGUCGUAAAGUACCUACAACAGCCGGUGUACUUUGAGGUGGAGCUGAUGAGGUUUAGAAACCCAGAAGUAUCACUGGAGCUGGUGUCCUGCUGGGCGACGCUGGAGGACGACAGGAAGUCCCUCCCCAGAUGGGACCUCAUCAUUAACGGCUGUGCGAACCCAAAGGACCCGCACCAGGUGAUCUUCCAUCCUGUUCUACCUGAUGUCAGAGUUCAGCAUCCUUCUAACUUCAAGCGCUUUGAGGUGCCGAUGUUUGCCUUCGCCAAAGACAAAGAUAACUUGAGUCGCCAGGUGUUUGUCCACUGUGACGUGGAGGUCUGUGACGCCAGAAAUCCAGUGGGUAGAGCGUGUAAUGUGCAGUGUUCAAACCAGGACGACAGGAUAAAAGGUCAAAAACGUGCCGUUUCAGAUGGCCACAGUUUCAAACACGUGUCAUCAGGACCCAUACUUAUAAACUAAUAAAAUCCUAAUACAUUUUUUUAAAGAACUCA